AGACUGAAGCGGAAGUGACGACACGGUGGGUUGUUGACAAAUCGAGCUAGCCAUUGCUAGGUAGCAUGGUAUUUACUUGACUUAUUUACUAAAUAAAACGUCCAUAAUGAGUUCUCUAGACGACAGGCACGGAACGAAACGUCCAGCUUCUCCAAUUGACGAUGGGUCUACAUGGGCGACAGCUGAUCUGGGAAGCGAUGAAAGGAAACUGAAGUUUCUACGUUUGAUGGGCGCCGGCAAGAAAGAAUCCACCGGGCGACUCGUGAUUGGCGACCACAAGUCAACGUCCCAUGUCCGCAGUGGGAUGGAAGACCGAGAGAUGAACGAGCAGCUGGAGAUGCAGUACCAGCAGGGCAUGGACGGGAAGCUGUCGGGCCGGAACCGGAGACACUGUGGUCUGGGUUUCAAUGAGCCGGAGCCAGAGUUACUGCCCUCCCCACCAGUGGACAGCCAGACAAAAGCAACAGAGCCAGAGAAGUCCACCUGUGCAGAGAAACCCACAGACGCCAAGGACGAAGGCAGCGAUUCCAACUCGGAGACCUCGGAUCAGUCCAAGUCCAAAUCCGAGUCCGACUCAAACAGUAGUGAUGAAGAACGGGAAUGUGCUGCAAAGAGGCCGUUGUGAAGUCAGCGUAUGGCUGAGGGGGGGGGGUGCAGGGAGAAAAUUGUUUUUGUAAUCUCCAAUUUGUACAUUUUACAUUAUUUGUUUACCUGUAGGUGAUCUCCCAUGAUUCUAGUCCGUUUUACUGAGCAGAAAUCGUUUUUUCUUUAUCAGUACAUCCUGGAGUGUUUGCUGUCAUGAAUCAAGUCUGCAGGCUGAAACAUCUUUCUCUUUUUAAAUAUUUGGUUUAAACAUUAGAGCAGUCAGUGCAUUUGCCAUGUCUUAUGUUGGAUGAAACGGGAUUGCUUGUCAUUCAACACAGUCGGUAAACACAUUGUACAUUUUGUGAAUUCUUGUUUCAAAACCAAUAAAAGGAAGUAUGGAUUUAA